GAAAAAGCAGAGCUGUCGCUGUGCUGAUCUUCCUCCCAAUAGUCACUUUUCGAUGGAAAUAGUGCACGAAGACUGAUUACUUGUCGGCGUUUUUUGCGGCCCGAGCCCCCUAUAAGCUCUUGUGUUAUAAAUAACCGUCGAGGAUAAUGAAGAUGACCAGCAGUACCUCUGCGCCAGAAAAAAACUCUUCUGCAGAAGAUCCGGGUUUGCAGGCAGCAGAACAACACGACCCUGGUGCAACUAUUUUAUCCCACGAAAAAACUGUUUCAUCACUGUGAUGACUUUGCAAGAUCUGCAUCGCAAGUUUCUGACACAUGACGCAGAAAAUUUGGCAUGCGCGCUUCCAAAUAAGGGAAAACGCCCUUAAAGAGUCACGCUCUUGCAGGUGUAGCAGGACAAAUAGUUCUGUGUUCCAUUCUAUGCAUCACAAGUUCACUGUGAAGUAGUUUUUUCUUGCGAUAUAUUUCCUCUCCCGCCUACUACCGGGUCGAUUGGCCGGGCGGUUUGCUGUUUCGAAAAACCUGCGACGAAUUUUUCCAAAGUGCACACGACGAGAUUAGAACUCUAGCCACGACCGGGGUUCGAGCAGCUGCCUCGGCAUUGCCGGCCCAGCCACAGAAGCUGCACAAAGCAGCCGAAAACGAGAUUAUCCACGCGGCACUGACCCUGGAUGGACGGUGUCUACAGGAACUGUGUAGUGCGGGAGCCCCCGGGUCAUCAACUGAUAUAGUUAGUGGCUCAAAAGUUCAAAAUCAUGUAGAGACCACCGCUGGCCGCGGUUUCCUCCCAGCGGACUUUCGUUUGGUGCAGACGGACGCGAGGCCGCAGCCAAAAGCCAAAUUUGGGGACUGGACAAGGACGAAGUUUGUGAAUUUCAAAAACCGCUGCUCGCGAAUGCUCACCUUCGGAGAAACAAAGGACAACAACAUCGAAGAUCCAGUGAACCAGAAGAACAGCAGCGCUUCAUUGGAGGUGCCAGAUGAAACAAGCUCUACUAGUACCAAGGGAACAACAAGUAGUACAGGUGAAAACAAGAUGGACGACAACAGUGCGACGAGUGUUGCUAUCGCUCCAGCGGCAGCCGUGCUCGCAGCGGGCACGAGUUUUGCGUCAACAUCGUCCUCUUCGAGAUCAUCUCAGCCCGAAUAUACAACUACAUCGCAGAACUACAUUGAUUCAAAUGCAAGUUGUCUGGAGGUGACAACUUUGAGCGGCGACGCGACGAGCUCCACCACUGGAAAAAAUGUAGCUUUACGCGUGAACAACAACAGCCAGCGAAGAUACCACUACCCGCCCUGCUUAGCUUUGGCUUUUUUUAAAGGGUUUAUCCAAACUGGCUGCUUGCUUUUCUGCGCGACGUAUGCAUUGCAAAAAUGUCUGGGUCUGGAAACUUGUAUUGCUGGGGGGCGUAAUAUUAUGAGGAGGCCCCAAGUGCUAGGUCAGCAUGACAAGUUUCUGAGCCUCUAAGUGUUGCCUAUUCAUCUGCAUGAUACACAGCGUUUCUGCAUCAAAGAAAAAUGGAGCUCUUGGGUAACGUGCAUGACAUAUUUGAGAGUUAUUCCAGACAAGCAUGACAAACAUGCACUCUUCCAGACCUAGACAUGUUUGCACUUGAUACGACGUAUUUACAGCUGAGAAAAGCCUAUCCUGUGCAAAAGUAUCGUACUCGUAUUGCAAUCAUGCGUUACAAAUCUUUUCCUUAAGGUAAAUCCGCAUUACAAAUUUUCUUUCUCAUGCUGGGGAUGGGGAAAUUUGUAAUGCAUUUACAACACGAGUCACUCGUGUUGUAAAAAGCCGGGUUUGGGAUACUUUUGCAGUUCAUAAAGCCGGGUUUGGGAUCCGGAAUUUACACUUCCAAAACGAAUUGAGACGGAAUAUCCUGAGAAAAAACGUCCCCACGACCCCAGAGUUGUCAUGCAGAUUUGCAAUGACAGGAACAUUUGUAAUGCGCAUUUACAUGAGAGGCAUUUUCAAGUGUGUUUUGGCAUUUGUAAUGCUGUACUUAAACAGGAUAAGGAGACGGGUUUGUGAUGCGACUGUCCUUGCUAACCUGCACUACACCACAGUAGAGACGAACUUGUCAUGCGUGGCUCCCAAAACUUCUGGAUUUGUGUUGCUAAGUUCCCAACUUGACUACAGGGUGGGGAUGUUUUUACACAGGAUCCGGAAUUGCGGCGAUUGGUUCAAACCAGUGUUCGCGUCUAUCAGCUUCACGCAGUGCUUAAUUUGCCCCAUGGAACACUGGAACAAUGGGGAGAAGUCUGCGCUGCACGACUUAUGACCUGCUCAGGUGUUUUGACAAUCUAAACAACCGUUAUUUCGACUGAAGACGAAAUAUUAAACUUGUGAUGCAAAAAGAAAACGUGCCUGCUGGUCUGGCGCAUUCUCACAGGAAAACAGCGUAUGACAAGUUCUGGAUCCUCCCAAAUAAAUCUCGCCCUGCAAAAAUCCGGCGAGUUUCGUACUAUUGGGAAAAGCGCGAGGCUCUGUAUCGAUUUCUCAUGCUGUAGUUCACGCAUUAACAGUUGAGAAUGUAACACCUGAGCGAAUCUUCAUACGACUUCGUCGCAGUUUCUGCUUUCGUCUCAGCGUUAUUACACAGCCGAAUUUUCUACCCUGUGCAAAAAGUUCUUGUGUCGUGCUUGCAUUAAUUGCAGUUUUGGCGUAUAUACAAAUCUUCUUCCUCGGCUAGUAAAUCAGCAUGGCAAAGUCCAUGCAUUUGUAAUGCUAUAAGCAUGUAGUUUGUAUUGUGCACUAUCUACUACUACUUCCCACUUCUAGUACGACGCGUGAAUUUUUGCAAUUCACAUUUUCGUGAUCCCUGCCGCCGUGGAAGCCAGUCCUCUCGUCGCGGCGCUUGGCGUGCCCAGUUCGCUAUUGCCUUUCAUCCCGGCGUUUGGGUUGGGAGGGUUGUCCGCUUUCCGGAAAUUUUGUGAACUGAAAAUCGACGCGUAUGGGGAAGCGGAGCGGGAAAUCGAGGCCUUUUGCGCCGUCGUGCGGGAGCAGAGGGGCUGGAUGUGGGAGAAGCUCGCAGGGCAGAUUGGGCGUUCUUAAACAAAACGGAAAGAAAUGAUGUUCAUCAUAUUUAGCUGGAGGACUUGUACCUUACCUACGGGAAAAAUAAAUAUUGUCUUCCUGCUUUUUACCCUCACACGGUUGCGUUGUGAGACGGGGCUUGUCGUCCUCACAAUCUACAAUGGUUUUCGAUUUUCUCGAUGCUUCUCCGCUUCCCGAUGCGGCGGGGAGCUCCUCAUAGGACGUGUUGACUUUGCACCGUUAAUA